UUUCGUGCCGCGAACCAUUUUUUCCUUUUAUUUUACUUGCUGAAGCCCUACUUUUGUUUUAGCUGUCUGCUUCCACCUUCCUGUGUAUCCUACCUGCACAAACACAGAGGGACGGAGAAUUAUUUAAAAAAAAACGAGAAAUGGCAGUACAUCUCGACAAUCUAAUGGAAGAAGAGGAGAACGAAGAAGACAACGCUCUGUUUGAAGGAGACGGCUUAGUUGACCAAGAUUCCGAUAUUCCUCCCCACCUCCUUGACCUCGCCCGCGCCGCUCAGCUCGGUGACCUCGACGCUCUUCGCAAUGCUCUAGAUAACCUGAAUGGCAGCAUUGAUGAACCUGUGGAAGAUGGUGACACGGCUCUCCAUUUGACAUGCCUGUAUGGAUAUUUACCCUGUGUCCAGCUACUCUUGGAAAGGGGAGCAAACUUGGAGGCCAAGGAUGAAGACGGAGCGAUUCCUCUGCACGAUGCUUGCGCAGGGGGAUUUACUGAGAUAGCCCAACUUCUACUGAACACUGCUAGUAGUGCAGAGCGUGUGAAAAGGAUGCUAGAGGCAGUUGAUGAUGAGGGUGAUACUCCUCUUCACCAUGCAGCAAGAGGUGAACAUGCUGAUGUUAUUAGAUUGUUGCUGGCUUCUGGUGCCUCCGCUACAACAGCAAACUCGUAUGGAAAGAUUCCGAGCGAACUACCUGAACCAGAUACUGAAGCUCACAGAAUUUUGGAAUCCGCUGGAAGUGCAUCUUCGUGAUCAUCUUCAGCUUCCUUACACAAACACAAACUUAUACCUAAUGGUAGUUAGAAAUUUAAGAUUUUAUUAUUAUUAUUAACCACAAAUUUAAAAUGUUCAAUGCUAUCAUUACUGGUGCCAGUGAGUUUUGGAUGGUUGAGAGAAUGGUAUGUGAUUAGUUAGCCCAUGAA